AUGGAACCCGAUCCUGAAGAUGAAGACGACCAAUUGAACUUGCGGCAUUUCACACCCUCAAAAUCCCAAUGGAAGGAGCCUCUUGAAUGUGACCAGGACUUCGUGGCGGAGGAGGGUUCUCGUGUAUAUGUCGAUGAGAAUGGCAAGGAGACGUCAUGGAUCGAGAAGCAAGCAGAGUCUCGGAGGCUGUACAACCAAAGGCAGCGGUCAGGGCUGGAUGAGAGCGACACUGAUCUCUUAGACUUCAUCCAGAGCUUUCGGGAGGAUGAUGAGGCCGAGAUUCUGCUCGAUUUUUGUCAUGGCGCGAAUGUGGAAUCGCUGCGCGCAGACAAGUGGAAUAGGAAAGAAACACUCCCGAAAAAUAUCUGGAUCGAUGAAAGAAGCUGUCGUGGUCAAGUACCCUGUUCAAGGCCCAACCCGGGACCUGUCACAGCUCAUGGUGCUUUUCAGAGGCUGCGGAAACCGCGCUUCAACUUGGAGCUUAAGCAUCCCCGGGCGGGCCGCCGGCCCGAAAGCACCAAAUGCGCUUCUUGCACGCAUCCGGUUAGCUCGCCGGACAUGGAGACUCGACCCGCGCGGCCCGCUGCUACAUGUACACUUGAACCAGAAGCCCAAAUUGCCUUGGCUGGUAGCGCGGAAACUGCGGAUUUGGGCUUGUUCUCUUGCCAGUGUCUGCACUGCCGCCCGAGCUCCGACUCUGAUCCAACUGAUGCCGAUCACGAUACCGGAAAUGGUGAGGCUGAGGUUGAUGCCGAUCGCCAGUUGAUAUAUAUCCAGGACCUGGAUCCCUGGAGUGCAUACGCUCUCAUCGGGACUGUUCCAUCCCCCCAUCGCGAGACACUCCGCGAUGCCCUGCGGAGACACGUGGCCGCCGAGACCUUCGUGGGCGUGGAACACCCGGUCAAUGGCUUAAGAUGCCUCUCCCGCUUUGAAAUGCAUUGUCCUUUCCCUGUAUUGAAGCAGGGUCCCAGGGUUGAGGACCAGCGAAGAGGCCGGGACGGGCAGCCGCUGAGACAUGUUACCGAUGUUGGCUUUCUCAGCUGGGACCCUGAUCCGAUUCAAGAGUUCCUCUACGAAGCCCACUUUUCCUUUGCUGUAGUAGGUCCCAACGAAUGGGUUUGGACUGCAUAUUUCCUGGAGGACAGGUAUUUCUAUGAUCCCAAAGACAGAUACCUCCCCGAAUACUUCGAGGAUGGUCUGUCUCAGGAAGGUACUCCAAUGGAUCCCCUUUCAGACGGCGAACUCGAAGCGAACUUCCCCCUCUGGUCGCAUCGACACUAUUUCCUGGCCAUCGUACUAUCUCGUACCGGACAGGUCAAACGUCACUGGCAGAAGGCUGCCUCAAGAGUAUGGAAGAGCAUCAAAAUCUACAAAACGAAGUAUCACUCUGCUAUAUCCCGUACGAAUGAGCAGAAUGGAAUGCCCCAUUCGCAGGAUUUUGUCCGAGAGCUCCAUAAGUCGUCAUCUUGGGUCCGACACAUCCGAGACUUGACGAUGCAAUUGUCCCUAGGGAUCACGGAAGUCGUGGAAGCCCACAAAUUCAUCAACCAACAAACGAAUAUCUUCCAUGAUCUAAGCGAGGCGGAGCGGCGUCUCUUGGCCGCCAUUGAGAAGUUAGUGGGCGAGUUUGAGAAGCUCCAAAGGCAGUUCAAGAACAUGGAGAGGUAUUGUGAGCUUUACCUGAAGGACCUUGACAUCUCCCUCAUGCUCCAAUCAAAUCGAGCAAGUGAUCACAGCAAAGGACUGGCAGACGUCAUGGUGAAAUGGAUGACCCCCAUCGACUUGGCAACCGGAUUUUUCUCCAUGAACGCAAAGGUACUGCCUCGGUUUAUACCCCAGACUUCGGUCUCUUUCUUGUGCAUCCUCGUCAUGUUCCUUGGCCUGGCUUACUCUUGUAUUCACUUCCAAGCGGAGAGGGCGGCCGCAUCACUCGGAGUCGCGAGGCAGAAGAUUAUGGCAGCAACUCCUAGCCUACGUAUAGCUCGGCGGAGGGGUCUGGAGGAUUUGGAGACCGGCGAAGGUGAGCAGCAUGUAUGA